GUCAACGGCUCCCAAACUCUAAUUGGGCAGCUGCGGAGGGUUUAAAUUUAAACCGCCAGGAGAGCGGCUCUGCUCUCCAGACGCGCAGGCAAUGAUUACUUUCCAGCAAAAAAUUUUAAACUUGAUCAAGUGUUUCAGAAGACAAUGGCAUUUAUUUUCAAACUCUGAAAGGACUACUGUAUGUGGAGCAGACUGCAUGAUAAUGGCACUACAACUGUCAAUGGCUGAAGUCAAUAAGCAGCACCACGGAGAUUUCACAGUCUCGCUUAGUGAUUUACUGGAAACUUGGAAAUACUUGUUAUAUGACAAACUGGGAAUAUCAUAUGAAAACAUGAAAGAACCUGAAAAUUAUGCUGACAUGAAAAAAGCUUAUCAUGCCUUCUUAGCAAGAAGCAGUAUGCUAGAUCUAAUAGAUAUAUAUCAGAAGUGCUGUGGUCUUGGACUUGUAUCUGAAGAUGAAAACAUAGCUCCUGUACAACUGUUAGAAUUCAUUUCUGGCCUAGUGAAUGUACAAGAAAACAGUGGUUCUGUUACUUUUACUCCUUCCACACCAGUCAACAGACAUGGCCAUGAGAAUGUAAAGAUGACAAUCCUGGCAAAGAAGUGUGUUUGCUCAUAUUUAAGCCUGUUGGUGAAUUCUAAGGAUGAUCUGGCAUUGGCUCAUAUUCUAAAUGUUCCUGACAGAGGACUUGAUAGAGAAGCCUUCACUAACCUAAAACACGUCUCACAGGAGAAAAAAAUGUCGAUUUUCCUGAUGGCAACAUCUUUUAUCCGAACUGUAGAAAUUGGAGGAAGAGGCUAUGCAUCUUCGUUGUUUGAUCCUUUAAAAGUCCAUGUAAAGGGACUUUCUAACUUCAUUAAUUUUAUUGAUAAACUACAAGAAACUCUUGGUGAAAUCUUAAAUCCAAGAAUCGCAGGGGGGAGAAUUCUGUCAACAGUGAAGAUGCAUUUGAUAAAAGGCCGAAGCAGUGGGGAUCCUUUCUGUCAAGCAGUAGAGGAAGUUGUACAAGAUUUGGAUUUGAAGAUUAAAAAUAUUAUAGAUUCACAACAUGAAGCCUUGACUGCCAGCACUACUGGACUUAGUCCAGCACGGCCAAAAUUGCAUUCUGUAAAUCAUGGCACUGCAUAUUGUGGCAGAGAUACUGUAAAGGUCUUACUAGUUCUUCUGGAUGAAGAAGCUGUCAAUCCUCCCACCCAGAACAAAGCAGAACUAUUAUAUGACAAUGAAAACUUAAAUCUGUUUGGAAUCACCUCUGUUUUGACACUCUUCAGGUCUCCAGCACAAUCCAAUGUAUCUUCUCCAAAACCCCUUAGACAGCGUAUUCAGGAAUCUAUGGAUGAAAAAAAAAUGAAGAUGAAGCAAUCUUCAAUAAAAUCUCAGUUUGCAUCUACAUAUAAAAAUGAGUUCAGUGAAAUAAAUGGUCAACAUUUCCUCAGCAGUAGCCAAAUUCCAACCUGCACAAAUCCUGCACCAAAGCAACAAUUAAAAGCUGGAUAUGUCACAGAAGGUAUGAAUUCAUGUCUUGAUGUACCAGUGCUUGGAACUAUUUCUGAAAAUGUUCACCAGACUAGAAGUUAUACAGAAAUGGGAAAGCUCAGUUGUCAGCCAAGAAACAAGAACUCCAAGAAUGAACAGAUGGAUUUGAAUAAUGACAAAGUAAUCUGUGAUAAGGAAAGUGAACCAUCUUUGCAAAAAAAUACUAAAAGAUCUAAGACUUCAAACAGUCCUCAGAAGGAAUUGGACAGCAAAAUCCCUGGCAAAAGAAAACACAGCAAAACUGCAACCAAGAAUAAGCUGAUUGCUGGUCAGGCAAAAUUAACUCACUUUUUUCGACUGUAAGUUUUUGCUUUCGCAUACGUGGUGCAUUGACUGGCUCAGAAGAUGUAAAAUUUUGUGAAAAUUUGGUGAAAUUCACUAUUGCUUCCUUUCAUACUCAAAUAAGUGGGAAGUACCUUGUGUGCAAAAUUAGACAAAUACUGGUCUAGAUUAUACAGAAUUUUUUUAUUUUUUGAUAACAAUACAUCAUUAGUAAUUACAACUAUGUUCUUUUUUGGUAAUGAAUUGUUUCCCACUACAAUGUGAUGGUAAUAUAUUUUUGGAUGCAUACAUAUAGCCACACUGAAACACAGUAACUUCAAAUUACAUUAAAUUCAUAAUAAAACGUUUGAUCUUCAAAGGAGGUGCUGUAGAUCAGUAGUUUUCAGACUUGCCAACAAGGUCGAUAGACUCUUCCCAGCAUACACCUGAGCACUAUAAGGGCGAGAAAAAAAUAGCUGGCAGAUUAACUCAUGAAAGAACUAGAAAUCUUUAUGUCCCAUGGAAAUACUAAUUCAAUAAAUUUAACAAAUGCUUCCUCCCUUGUGUGGCAAAUCAGAAUAGACAUGGAGUUUCUAAAUGAACCUUUAUCAAAUUGCUAUAUAGACAUUGCAUUAUACUUUACCAGAAUGAAAUAAUUGUUGUGUAAAAAUGGAAAUAUACUUACUGUCAAAAUCUCUUCUUCCUAUAGGGAAUUUAGCUGAAUUUUCUUCAUCUGCAGUCUCUCUUUCCUGUAUCGAUUCGAUAUUUUGAAUUUCAGUGUCAGCUGGAAAAGCCAUGGUUCUCUUCAGUGCAAGAUAAGGUAGUUGUUUUCUACCCAAGUUGAUUGACAAAACACGAUUUAAGAAAUCAUGCCUGGAACCUGUGUCCUGUUUUAAGGGAAAACAAGAGUAGCAGUUUAUCUUUAAAUCGGUUGUGUCCACUUCUUAUAUUCCAGUUUUUAUACUUAGCAGUGCAAGUAUUUUAUCUUUCAAGUUGAUAUUUUAAAAGUAAUGACCUGCAUUGCAUCUCUGGCUGAAAUGGUUUUAUGGUAAAGAUCAUGAUAUAAUAAUGAGUCUUAUAUUUGGUGAAGUUAAAAACUUGUUGCUGCACAUAGAGUCACGCUGAAUCGCGUAAGUAUAGGCUUUUUUCUCCCCAUAUUUUGGCUACAUAUAGUUCUUGUAAAUACAGAUUUUUUUCUAUUCAACUGUCCAAGUUACACAUUUAAAAAUCUUGGAAUUAGAUACUUACACUUAAAAGUUCAUUCUUGAUUAUAGUAUGCUAAACUGAUAUUUUUGUAUAUUCAUCAGAUUAUUGCUUUAAAUUUUUUUUUUAAAGGGCUAUAAAGAGAACUUCAAUUUUACAAUUAACCCAAAACAUAAAACUGAAAACUCACCAAAAACUUCAUCUUUUUGUCAUCCUCUUCAUCUAAAAUGCCUCUGUCUUCAGUCUUAUAAUGCUUCAGCAACGGUAUAGUGCCUCUGCUCACAGUUCUAUCUCCAUUUCGAAGAGCUUUUUCUAGAUUUAAUGUGGUUAGCAACAUACCUUCAUCUGCUUUUUGCAGCGAUUUUGAAGCUGAGAGUUGAAAACCUUGAGAAAAAAGAGAAAGACAGAGAAUUAGCAUGUAUGAUGAGAUACACAUUCUUAGUUACUUAACUCUUGCAUAGAAGUUAAGCAGUUUCCAAAUUUCAAGAAAGCUUUUCCAGUUGUAAAUUUAUGCUCUCCAUCUAUGUCCACUUUAUAUAUUGUACAGAUUGAAUGGAAACUACUUCAAUGGAUGAUGACUUCAUUCUUUUAAAAAGACUCUUACUAAGGAAUAACCUUUUCUAUAAUCCUUCUAAUCCCAUUUGUUGUUUAGAACUACUUAAACAUUUCUUUAGCAUGGAUAAUUUGUUUAUUUGUAUGUUGGAACAGCACAGAUUAGUUCCUUUUGAUGAAUCAGUAUAACAAAGUUCACUAAGUGAUGUCCGUUUGUAUUCUUUAUAAAGCCUUACCGCCAGUUAAGGCAAUUUAAGAAAAGGAACUAAUCUAUAUAAAUCAGCAUGGUUGUUGUAAAGGUGUGAUCUGUCAUAGUUUUUGAUCAAAACUGAUUCACUGAAGAGUUGAAAAGCUUAACAUUUAACAUCAGCUUAGACUGCUAUUAUGUUAGAGCUGAAAUCAUUAACUUGUAUUUUGAUAUCCAUUACCUCAGGUUGCAUUAUUCAGAGCUUAUGUCUUGAAAUCCUUGUUAAUACAUAAGUGAUUGUAUUUGUCUGCAUUUUCUUUCUGAAAAUGGGCCUUUCCCAGAUACAAAUAUAAUAUAGUCAGAUAAGAAUGCUUGCUAAGAAUGUAGAAAGAAAAGUGAACUUUGUCAUUUAAGAAGUCUUUGAAGUCUACCCGUUGCCGUGAUGAAGAAAAUGGAUGAGUUUCUGCAAAAUGUUUUUUGGUUGGUGGGUUUAGUGUUUGGUUGAUUGUUGUUUGUUAUGUUUUUUUUUUUUUCUCACCUUAUCUGGAAAGUAAAUAGGGCCAGCUCAAAUUUAACUAAUUUUUUUAUCAGUGGUACAAAACACUAUUUAGUUGCUGUGUGACUCUUAGCUGGUACCUGUCUCUUAAAUUUCUGACAGCAGGAAGAGUACAGGUUCUCCCUUGGUUUUCUUCCUCACACUUUGUUUUAUUUUUUCUGCUUUUUGUCUAUAGUGCCAUACACUAGCAACAAGAUUGAAAUUUUAAUUAGCAAAAGUGAUUUUUUACAGUAGCUUUUUUUUUUUGUAAUGAUUGUCUAAUGGUUUCCACUAGUGCAUACCACUGAUGUGGUGUGAAGGAGAAAGUAAGAUUGAUAUUUAAUAGUCUAAUCAGGUUAAUAACACAUCAGUGGCAGUUACAGAUAGCAAGUAGACACUUUGAUUUUACACCUGUUACAAGAAGUCCAAGGAAGAAAUGUGAGUGCUGCUGAAAGGUGUUGCACAGUCUUAGGGAAAUAGGGAAAGAACAAUGGCUCCUGCUGAAAACAGGCAAUGAUACAACACUAAUACACAAAGUGAGGAUGUUAUGUAGAACAACUGACCAGCAUUGUUGGAACAGUUGUAUUUCUAAUCGCUGAUGACUGUUAAACUUCCUGGAAAAGCAGACUGCCUUGCCAAAGCAACCCUUCAUGGGAAAACAUGCCCUGGUGUAUGAAGCAGAUUUUGAUUAAGAGACAUUCUGGGUAUACCCACUUUUGCCCAAAUGAGGAAAAUGCAUUUAAUCCUUUCUGGGCAGACCAUCUCUGACAAAUAGAGCUAUUGCUUCUCAUUCCUUUCAUUUCAUUGCUGUAGAGCCUGUACUUGCCUCUGGGCAAUUGGAGUGGUUUCUUUUCUUUUACUUUAAUUACUUCACUACAAGGGAGACAAAUCUAAAGUCAAUUGUAUAUGGGUUUAUACUUCUCAUUCAACCUUCCUUUGUAAUUUGUAUUCUUCCCUCACAUUCAGUAUUUGUACAGUCUUGUUAAUUAAUAAAGCAAAAACCAAAUAUGCUCUGUAAUGGCAGUUUUCAUUUAGCUCAGUUGAGGCAAAAAAGGAGCACGUUGGAGCUACCUUUCUUUUAUAUGUUGGCAUUUGAAUUAAGAGUUGGGAAGUAAGUUAUCCACUCUGUAAUUGUGUAUGUGGCAAUAGCUUCUGCUUAUCAAGCUAUGGUACCCACAAGUAUUCAGCAUGUAUUGCAUAUGGCUUACUUCCAAACGCUUCUCUUUCAUUUAUUAGAAAGCACAGUUAGAAUAAGAAUUGACCCGGAUCAAUUAGAAAGUCCAUCUAAAGUGUCUGCUUAGUUGUCUACUGUCUCUAUAAGCUGAUGUCUACAGAGGGAUAUAAGAUCAGGGCAAACUUAUAGUACUUCCCCCAGUACACUCUAAAGCUUCUUGAACUGGCUGUUAAUUUUUAAGGAUUGUUGAAGAUCUGAGGUAGUUCUAGUAAUAAUUAGUAGAAACUCCUAACUGCUAAGAAAUCAAUAGCAUAUGAAUGCAUAGAAUAUGAAUAGCAUUAAAUUCAGUGACUUUUCUGCCUGUUUAGAGCAGCAGAUAACAUCUAGUACACCUGCAGGUUUGUAAUGCACUGUGUAUGUCUCUUCAUAAUGCCUUUGUGACUCCCAACACUCUGUGUGCAUUCUUUCCAUUUAGUUUUGAAACUUUCAGUGCAAAAUUAAGAACUUUUAAUAUAUCAGUUUCUGUUUUAUCAUGGUUUAUCAAAUUGGCUUUUAAUCAUAAAUAAUAACACUGCUUACAGAGCAGUAAUAAUUAUUUUGAGAAAUUCUUCUUCCACAUUGUGUCUUGAUACGAUAAAAUAUAAAUGUUUAACAUCUGAAAUCUGAUGUGGUAUAUGUAUGAGUAAAUAAAAUCUAGGUGAUAAUGUGCCUGCAACGUGUCUCAUACUCUAUUUGAAUCCUUCUAGGAAUGGGAUACAAAACAAUUGUAAUAAUUUUAUUUGGUCUUGUAACUACUCCAAGUUGCCAUGUACAAGUGUUUGAGCCUAAUGCCUAGUAUUGACUGAACAAUUAAACCCCCAUAUUUUAUUAUGUAUCUUACAUAAAGCCAAUUUUUCUUUUUUUUUACUAUUAACAGAAUUGAAAGCUUUGCAGUGCAAGAAAGCAUUUAAGCAACUUUAACAAGUAAUUGCAAUGAAUCUUAAAACAGCACAAAAAUAUGUGGUCAAUGUUAA